CGGGGAAAAUCCUCCCUGCUGCAGACAAUGGAGCAGCGCCUCUUGCUGCAGGAAAAACAGCAGGAGCAGGAGACUGAGAGCAUCCGGGAUCUGCAAGUCAGACUCAAGUUCCUCAAGGGAGAGAAAGAGUUCCUUCAAAAGGAACUGAAGGAAAAACAGCAGGAGUGGGCGACAGCAGAGUGCUCUAUGAAGGGCCAGCUAGAAGAGCAGUGCCGCUUGCUGCAGGAAAAACAGCAGGAGCGGGAGACUGAGAGCAUCCAGGAUCUGCAAGUCAGACUCAAGUUCCUCAAGGGAGAGAAAGAGUCCCUUCAAAAGGAACUGGAAGCAAAGACGUUAGCUGCCAGAAGCGCCCGGGCCUCCCAGCGAGCCCAGCUGGAGAAACACAGAGCGGAGACCAAAAGGAUUGGCGCUAUCCUCAGAAAGGCAGAAGCUCUGGAGACGAAGCACAGCCGCUUGCUGGAAGGGAAGAAAUCCCUGGUGGAGGAAAUGGAAAAAUCCAGAGCCUCCUAUGAGGCUGAGAUUAGCAGUUUAAAACAGGAGAAUAAUCAGCUGGCGGCUGCUGUGAAGGAUGCAGAGAGGCAGAUGAGGACUAAACAUCUCCAGUGGCUCAAUGAGAAACUUUCCCUCCUGGAGAAACUAGAAAGAUCCCAGAACAGCAUUCACAACUUGCAACUGAAAUUCCAGGAAGAAAAAGAGGCCCUUCAAAUUGUGGAAAAACAGCACCACUGCUUGCUGCAGCAAAAACAGCAGGAGUGGGAGUCAACAGAGUGCUGUUUGAAGGGCGAGCUGGAAGAGAUGAAGGGCAAGCUGGAAGAGAUCAAGAACCAGCUUUCUCAAAAGACAAAGAAGAAGAAGUGGUACAGAAGAUUAAUCUAAUCUAACCCUGAGCUGGCCUACAAUUCCAUGAUCAGCAAGAUAAAAUGAAAUCAGAUAAAUUUGUACUUGUACACUAAAAGUAAAUGGGCAGCACGGUGGCGCAGUGGUUAGCACUGUUGCCUCACAG